CCUGACCGCACGUGUGACUGAGGUGGGAUGUACCCAUGGGAGAAGAUGACUAUUUUUUUCAGGGGUGGGAUGAUCUUGAGCAUGCGUUACUGUCCAUGGAAGGUGGUACAGAAGUAACGUCUGUGUAUGCCAAAUCUCUGUGUGUGUGUGCCUGCUUGCUGACACCAUCGUUGCUACUCCUGCUCUGGCCACGCCUGGAUGCUAUGCUUCUGCUCUUGCCUGUCCUGCUGGUUUGCGAACGCUCGCAUCUUCACCACAUGCAGGCACUCUGCUCGGAUCUCCAGCAGUCCAAAUGCCACAGUUCUGCUGUGUGCAGGGUGGUAGUCUCUGGUUUCCUGUGCGUUUGUCGGUCCAACUUCGAAGGCGAUGGGCUCAGGACAAACGGAACAGGCUGUGUAGAGAAAAGAUGCUCACUACCGACGAUCAUGAAUGCCGAGUUUACGCCACCUCAAGCUCCUGGCGGAACCUUCUCUGAGGAAGCGGAGAUCGCGUACGAGUGUGUUCCAGGUUACCAGUUUCCGCCGGCAGUCAGUGUUGAGGUGAUGCCACGGCGUCUGCGCUGCAACAGCAUGCAACGCUGGCAGCACGCUGGAGUAGAGGCUGGUGCUAUAAUACACUGCACAGAAGAUGUGGAUGAGUGUGUGGAUGGCAUGCACAACUGUGAUGAUACUGCCAGCUGUUCCAACACGGCCGGAUCGUUUACGUGUGUAUGUGCUGUUGGCAACGGCCGCCUCAACAGCACUCACUGCGACACCACAUCGUCUUUCCGAUGUCCUGUGCUGACAACGCUCAAUGGAGUAUGGUCCUACUCGGAAGAGAGAGCUUUAGAUGGCUACUUGGUGAAUACAGUCGCCUCUCUGCAGUGCCUUGACGGCUUUGCAUCAUUCAACAGGACCCCACUGGUGUGUGAGAAGAAUUCCGCGUGGUUCACCAGUAACGUGGAAACGUUAUGUUUCAAUAUCAAUGAAUGCAGUGCCAAUAUGAACCUGUGUGAUCACGUGCCUGGUAGCGUCUGUGUGGACACCGCGGGAAGCUACACAUGCCUGUGCCCGGUGCCACGGCAAAUAGUGGAUGGCCGUUGCCAAGGUCCAGCAGAUAACAAUGUGUGUAUAUCACCGACAAGUGGCUUGGCCUGCUCCAGCGUGGAAGGUGGAUCGUGUAUGGCAGUCGGCGAGCAGGUCGCGUGCGUCUGCUCCGGAUCUCUGGAGGAGCGAGAUGGCAGCUGUCAAGAGCCGCAGACAAGCACUGACGCCGGAAAUGGAAAUAACGGCGCAGGCGGAAAUACGGGAGGAGAUGACGGCAUGACAGUGUACAUCAUCGUGGCCAUUGUUUGUGGUACGGCCGUUAUCGUUCUGCUCAUCAUCCUCACCAUUUUCGUGGUUCGCCGUCUAUCGAGUGAAGAGAAAGCAGAGCCAGACACAGGCACUCUGGCAAGACCAGGGCCAAACUUCAACAAUCUCAACUACGCCAUGGCACCCAUCAUCCCGAUCAAAACCGACAUGAAUGGCUCGACCGCCAGCUUGCCACAGUAUCAGAAUAGCAACACGGCCAACACCUCAGCCAUGGUGGAGGGCAUCUUGAUGGCACCGUCAAACGGCAACAGCAUGGGCAGUAUUGGGUUUUGCAGCUUGGACGGUUUGGCCAUGCAGCACAUACGCACAGGUAGCCACCCAGUCUUUCUCAAUCAGCUCAAUCCCGCAGGCACGCCGAGCUCAGCACUGGGCAAAGGCGUGAGCAAUGGCGACGUCAGCGCCUACUCAACAAAAUGGCUGGUGUCGCCACAGCUAUCUACGGAUCCAGCCAUGAUGAUGCCGCCGCCGUCAACUGCACCUCCCGCACCUCCCGGACAAGCACAGGAGCAACAACAUCAGCUGCACCAAGAGCAGCAGCACCAAAUGAGCCAAGAGCAACAGCAACAGCAGCAGCACCCACAGCAACAGCAACAGUACCCGCAGCAGCAACAGUACCCGCAGCAACAUCAAGGCGACAUGGCAACAGCAGCCGCAGCAGCAGCACCACCUGGCGCUAUGCUGCAUAGCAUGGCUGGCCCGAUGCACAUACUCUACCACAACAAUGACGUAGAGCGAUUCAAGGCACACCAACAGCUCGCGCAAACCUCGUCCACAGCACCGCUCCUCGACGAUGCAGCCGACGCCGUCUCGCCGGCGAAACGGGCCGACAAAGGGAAGAGCGAGCUUGAGCGACGGCCAUCAGGAUCGUCGCGCAAACUUAUCCGCUCCUCCCCUGAUGGUCAUGCAGGUCACUACUUGAAUGCAGACGGCAGACACCAGAUGUCCGAGCGGUACGAGUCGUGUGAGAGCGUCAGCAGAAUACCAGCCCCGUACGAGACACCAGUUGAACAGCGGUAUUCUGAGGAGACCAAUGACGACAAGACCCACUCACCACCAGUGCCAGUUGAGAUUCGCGAGGGCAACAAGAGUCAACAAGUGUGAGGCCAACAGGAAAUAUUCAUCCGCUCCAAGCAUAAUAUUAUAAAAGUGAAGAUUUUGAUACAUCCCCAUGUCUGGCUUAUCAAAAAAAACCAACUUCUGACAGCAUCGGGGACGCCUCGUUUGUGUUUCGAAACCAAGUGCCAUUAUUCUAACACACAACAUUGUUAUUCUGGACCUUGAUCUUAAUAAUCUGUUCUCGCCCGUAAUGCACAAGUAACAACACAAGUCUUGCCUAUUUCCUGUGUUAUGUUCGCCUUGAUUUUGAGAAUAUGAACAUUACUCCUACCGUAAUACAUUCACUGAACACAUACAUGUAAUUGAUAGACCUCUGUGAAAUGUAUUACCUGUAUUCCACAGUGAUUAUAUUGGCACAAGUGUAACUCUCUUCUUGAGCAUUUUUUCCCUUCAAAGUUGACGCCUAUUCUCAAACAGA